AUGUCGCAGGAUCUCUUUGAUGUUCCCAUUUUCUUCAUUGUCUUUCGUGAGACAACGGAAGCUGCCAUCAUCGUAUCGGUGUUGUUGGCCUUUUUGACUCGUAUGUUUGAAAAGGGUACUCCCACAUAUAAGCGUCUUCGCAACCAAGUGUGGAUCGGGAGCGUCCUGGGCCUAUUCAUUUGUGUGUGUAUCGGUGCUGCCUUUAUUGCUGUAUGGUACACUGUCCUCAACGACAUCUGGGGCAAUUCUGAAGACAUUUGGGAAGGCGUAUUCUCCUUGAUUGCUACUAUUAUGAUCACCAUCAUGGGUCUGGCUAUGCUCAAGACUGAACGUAUGCAAGAAAAAUGGAAGGUCAAGCUCGCCAAAGCACUCGAAGCUGGUGCUCUAAAGAAUGCCAAAUCCGGUGGAUGGAAAAUGAGCUUGCAACGCUACUCGUUCUUUAUCUUGCCUUUCAUCACUGUUCUUAGAGAAGGUCUUGAAGCUAUUGUUUUCAUUGGUGGUGUCUCUUUGGAUGUAGAAGCCAAGUCUAUUCCUAUUGCUGCCAUUAUGGGUUUCAUUUGUGGCUGUUUGGUUGGUUUUAUCAUCUAUCGUGGUGGUAACAUGCUUCGUCUUCGCUGGUUCUUCAUCUUCUCCACCUUGAUCCUUUACCUUGUUGCUGCUGGUUUGAUGUCCAAAGCUGUUGGCUAUUUCGAACAAUACGCCUGGAACCAAGUCAUUGGUGGUGAAGCUGCUGAAGAAGGUGGUGAUGUCAUUGCAUACAAGGUGACAACGGCUGUCUGGCACGUCUCUUGGGGUGAUCCUGAAUUGAACGUUGACACCAACGGUGGCUGGCAAAUCUUCAAUGCUAUCCUUGGUUGGAACAACACGGCUACUAUUGGAAGCAUCGUCAGCUAUUGUGGCUAUUGGAUCAUUGUCUCGCUUGCCUUGAUUUACAUGUAUUACAAGGAGAGAAAGGAAAACAUUGCCAAGGCCGAGCGUGGUGAAUUUGGACAAGACACUGACGGCGACCUUGCCUUGGAGAAUGCAAGACAAUACGUUGAUGCUGAACAGGGUAUCAUUGUCGGCAAAGAAGAAGUCGAUGAGGAACGUGUCAUUGCACAAGGCGGCGUUGAGAAGCCUCACAACACUACUACUGAUAAAGCUUAG